AUGGCACCUUUUGAUCAGAAAGUGCCGCUUUCCACUCCACCACCCAUUAACAUGGAGGACAAAAAUGGAAAGAGAGUGUCACAGGAGUUGCCCAAUGUUCCCUACUUGAAGUUCUUGUUCCCUUUAAACAAUAGCUUUGUGGUCUAUAAUCCAGUUUUUGUCGUCUAUGGUCUUCAGGGAGUCUCUGGAUUCUGUUUAGCCAUACAGCCAGGGGAGAGGGAUGUUGGCACAAUUGGACAGAAUUUCAUGACUGGAUACCGUAUGGUGUUUGAUAGGGAAAAAAUGAAGUUAGGUUGGUCACCCUCAAAUUGUCAAGAUCUAGCUGAUGGCAAAAGGAUGUCCCUUUCUCCUAAUGGAACACCCUCGAAUCCAUUGCCAACCAAUGAGCAGCAGAACACCCCUGGCGGACGGGCUGUUGCUCCAGCCCUGGCUGGUAGGGCUCCCUCCAAACCUUCAGUCGCCCCGACCCGCCUAUUAUCAUCACAGUUUUGUUAUUUAAAAUUGCUGCCGCUGCUGGUUCUUUUGCAUAUACUAGUUUCAUUUUUUUCACUAGAUACUGACACCCACUGUUGAGUUUCAUUCUCACUUAGCCUCACGUGUAUAUCCAGCUUUUUCUGUCUAUUUUUCAUCUUUUCCAUUAUAAUAUUUUCUCUUUCUUUCUUCAGUAUAAUGUAUAAAUUUUUGGAGCAGUCUCGGGGUCUGAUGCCAUCAUAUUUUUUCCCCCUAUGAUGGCCAUUGGAUUGAACAGAGGGGCAUGUAGUAUGUAUUAUAUUUACUUUCCAAUCAGAAAAUUAUAUCAUUUCGUCUUUC